AUGGUGCUCGAGGCAACGAUGAUCUGCAUCGACAAUUCAGAGUGGAUGCGCAACGGAGAUUACUCUCCCAACAGAUUCCAAGCCCAAUGCGACGCCGUCAAUCUAAUUUGUGGAGCUAAAACUCAAUCGAAUCCUGAGAAUACAGUGGGAAUCUUAACAAUGGCUGGAAAGGGGGUUCGUGUCUUGGUCACCCCGACCAGUGACCUUGGAAAGAUCUUGGCUUGCAUGCACGGUUUAGAGAUAGGCGGUGAGAUGAAUUUGGCCGCUGGGAUCCAGGUUGCUCAGUUGGCCCUCAAGCACCGUCAAAACAAGAAGCAGCAACAAAGGAUUAUUGUGUUUGCAGGAAGCCCUGUUAAGUAUGAGAAGAAGGUGCUUGAGUUGAUUGGAAGGAAACUGAAAAAGAACAGUGUUGCUCUUGACAUUGUAAACUUUGGUGAAGAAGAUGAAGAAAAGAAUGAAAAGCUCGAGGCAUUGCUUGCUGGAGUAAAUAACAAUGAUAGCAGCCAUAUUGUUCAUGUUCCUCCUGGUCCUAGCGUCCUUUCAGAUGUGCUUAUCAGUACCCCAAUCUUUACUGGAGAUGGGGAAGGGGGAAGUGGCUAUGCAGCUGCUGGAGCUGCAUCUGGGUUUGAAUUUGGUGUGGAUCCGAACUUGGAUCCUGAACUUGCCCUUGCACUUAGGGUAUCAAUGGAAGAGGAGAGGGCAAGGCAAGAAGCAGCUGCGAAGAAGGCUGCAGAAGAAUCUUCCAAACAGGAAAAAGGAGAACAACAGACCACGAUACAAGAUGCCACAAUGACCGAGAAUACGAACCCUGGAACUUCUCAACCGGAAAAGAAGACAAAUGAUCUAACGGAUGAUGAGAAUGCAUUGUUACAGCAGGCUCUAGCUAUGUCAAUGGAUGACUCUUCCUCUACUGUUGCUGUACGCGACACUGACAUGUCAGAUGCAUCCGCAGAUGAUCAUGAUUUGCAACUUGCGCUUCAAUUAUCUGUUCAAGACAGUUCGGGAGAACAAUCCAAUCCGUCAGAUGUCAAUAAGCUGUUGGGAGACCAGUCCUUUAUGACCACCAUACUUUCCCAACUGCCUGGAGUUGAUCCGAAUGAUCCUCAUGUCAAAGAUUUGCUGGCUUCUAUGCAGAGUCCGUCUGAGAACAAGGAAGAAGACAAGACACCACCUAAAGAGGACGAAAAGAAAUAA